UACGUACAGUCACAAAUAUUAAUCAGUGUUUUGUAGUUGUUUUCUGCUAGCUUGAUUCUCUUUGUGUUGGUUUUGUGUUGGUUUUGUGCUUCCUGUUGUUGUUUUGAGGCUCUUGGUGCUACUGUUUUCUCGUUGUGAAUUUGUGUGUCAGCAUGGUGCUGAAGAUGACUGUUUCGGGUGUUUUAGGACUAUACGGUGUUCAUAGAUCUGUCUCCAAUCCCCAUGGAGUCCUGCAGAUUUGAUUUUGCCAUCAUGGCAGAGAGCGCGGACAUGGAGCAGCUCCUGAUGUCUUUCAAGAAGUUCGCCAUCCACGGAGACACGAAAGCCACGGGGAAGGAGCUGAACGGGAAGAACUGGGCCAAACUCUGCAAAGACUGCAAAAUAAUCGACGGGAAGAACGUCACUGCCACUGACGUGGACAUCGUUUUCUCCAAAGUCAAACAGAAGACGUCUCGUGUCGUGACCUAUGAGGAGUUCCAGAGAGCUUUGGAGGAUUUGGCCCCGAAGAGGUUCAAAGGUCAAAGUAAGGAGGAGGCGCUGGAGUCCAUCUACAAGCUUGUGGAAGGCAGAGAGCCCACCAACGUGGGAGUAACGAAAAUGGCAAAGGCGAAGGCAGUAGACCGCCUGACCGACGCCUCCCGUUAUACCGGGUCGCACAAGGAGCGCUUCGACGACAGUGGCAAGGGCAAAGGUCGCGAGGGCCGCGAGGAGAUCGUGGAGAAGACAGGCUACGUGGGAGCUUACAAGAACGCCGGGACAUACGACGGCAAGAUGAAGACCGAGAAAUAACGGGAAGUAGUGCUCCUCCACAGCACUUAGGCUGGACCGGACCUUGAACUUUGACACCUCGUGCAUGUGUGUGUGUGUUGGAACUUGACACAUCAGAACUUCAGACUCAAUUAACCCGCUGGAUCAACAGUCUGGUGUAUUGGACCAGGGCGGUUCUUCAUGAGUCUGUUAGCUCCUUUCAGACCAGAUUCUGCUUAUUUCAUUGGCUCAUUGUGAAAACAGAUGAACCUGCUGUGGCUAACUUGCUAAUGUGCUAACAGAAACAUACAUGCUUAAAUAUGAGAAAACAGGUGUUAGAAAGUAGUAAAUCGCUGCCCAGCAGGUCAAACUUUAUUUUACGCUGCACCUUUAAAGACGCAAUGAUUCUUUUGUCUUUAUGAAAGUUUAUUCAAGAGAAGGACAUCUAACUCUCCCUCUCGUGACCUUUGGCGUUGUACUGCUAAAUGUCUGUCAGUUAAUAUUAUUUUGAGCCAGAUUUCAAUCCGGUCUGAAUGGAACAACAAUUUGAUUGCAAUGUUUUUCUUCCUCUUAUUGUCUGUACUUUGUCUUACAAUUGCCAUGACAACAAGACAUUCUGUGAGCGCCGACAUUGGGAUUUCCUUUCAUUCUCAGACCUGCAUGUUAUUGCUUUUUAAAAAAACAUUCUGCAUCUUCUUGUUCUGCAAUCUGAUUGUUUUUAUUGUUGAUGUCUGGAUUUGACGGGGGGAGCAGAAACUGGACCGUAGCUUCAGUAGAAGUUACUUUGUUAAAUAAUAAAGGCUAAAUACAUUU